AUGACACAGCCACCUACACAAGCUCUCAAUGGGACAGGCCAGUGUAAUGUAGCACAAGCAGACAUAACUGAGAAGUCCCAUUUAAACAUUCACUACCUGGACGUGGAGGUAAGUAUGGAGAGUGUGGGUCAGGCGGGGCCGUGGCGCACUGAGGGAGUGGCCAGGGACCACACCCACAGCAGGAGACUUAAAACACACCUUGUCACCAGUCCACCCAUGAGCAGUCACCAAGGCACAGGUGGAUGCCAGUUAGCUGUAAAUGCCAUGCCUCUACAGUGUUGCCUUUAUUACCAGAGUUUGUGUCUGAAAGUGUCCCUCACAUUGGAGGGAAUUCGAAACAAUGCGACGGGGCGAGACGAGCAGCAGAUGUUGGACGUGAUCAACGAAGUCGUCUCAUCAGCGCUGCGUAACUCAGUCCUCGAGUUCAACUUCCAGCCGAACCAGACAUUUCCGAGAUUCCGACGAGCCCGACAGGUUCCCGAUCCCAUCAUCCCUGUGGGCUACGACUCUAUGGUACGUGAGAAGCAGACUCAUCCACCCUCAGUACCUCGUAAGACCCCCAAAGCAGAAUUUGUCCCUCUUCACAAUGAGAAAAUAGAGCCAGCCGGGGAGUCCUUCACAGCCCUCACCUUCUCUAAUCUCACCUCAAGUGAAGAGCAACUCAUAGCAAGAAACCUCAACAAAUACCCAUCUCUGGAGAAUGCAGACAUGGCACCUGAAGAAAUAGAGGAAUUUUGCAAGACUUGGCAAGAAAACUAUGUGCCGGCCAAGGACGUUCCUCCUCCUACUGAAAAACCAGUAGAAGAGGAGCCUCCACCAUCACCCACUGCUGCCAUCAACUCUGACCACCAGCAGGAGAGUGAAGCCAAGACCCAAAACUUUGUCCUCAUGGUUUCCAGCAGAUCAAAGCUCAUUGACGAACCCAGGAAUGCCUUGCUCCUACACGAUGACAGAAUGAAUGGGGAGGAGGAGGAGGAGGAGCUGGCAGAUGUGAUACCACAGAGACCGAGAGACGAGCCUUGCUUGAGGAAGGAAACGGGCAGCCCUCUCCUCCUGGGAACGCCGAGGCAGGACAGCCUUGGUGAUGCGGAAGACGAUGAGUUUGAAGACGCGAAGCUACAGUUUGAUAGGCUGGAAAUCCUUGACAAACCCCAGAUUAGCGGCACGCUGGGGCUCGGACCACUCCAUAAGGGACCUUUCGUAAGUGAAGCAUGUUGUGUGGGAGUGCAGGUUGGUGUGGCUGCCCAACUUCCUCAGCUUGACCUUAGAAUUGAGACUGCAGCUGUUGGUGGCAGUGUGGCUUGUGACCUCCCUGAGUAUGACCAGGAGGCCUCUGCCCGAUCCCCCUUACCGCCCUCGCUCCAUAACCAGCCAUCCAGCGCCACUACCCCAGAGUCUUGUGUGGAUGAUGUGUCGCGUGGACCAGAGGAGCUACCCAGCCCUUCCCCCAUCCACUCCCUCUCCCCUGAGCCAUUCAUACCUGCUGCUUCUGGUGUGUUCCACUUGGUAGAUGAUAGCAAUAAUGAGCGUGGUGUAGCAGAGUGGGAGCAACAGGUAGUAUCGGCGGAUGAGCGCGGUAGCAUCCAGUCCUCUCAGCCUAGUGGUGUAGUAGCAUGUAUAGAGCUUGGCAAAGGUAGUGUUCUGGAUAGGAAGGACUCAGGGGAAGCUGUUUCAGAGGGUGAGGAUCAAAGCUGCUCUGAUUCCACAGUGCAGGAUCAGGAUGUAGACCCAGCUCUGGCAGAUAAAGGAGAGAUUUGUCCUUUAGAUACCAUUCCCAGCCCAGAUAACAGUGAUGGUGAGUCUCUAGAGGAAGGGAACUCACCUCUUGACUCACACACUGACUCCAGUAACAUUUUAGAAAACAGUCAUGGGUGUGAGAGUGAGAGUGAAGAGAGGGAAGUAGGUCCAUUGGCAGAAAAAGAAAAAGAGUCAAAAUUAAAAAUAUGUCUGAAUGAAUUUACAGAGAAUUUAUUUAGGCACAUUGAUGUGGAGGACUCUGAGCUUUCCAUACCUGAGGAGCGAGUGGAAGAUCUGCCCUGGGAGGUGGUGGAUGUGUAUGAGCCAGACAGUCCACCCAUGUCCCUGCCCAGCCCAAGAAGAGAGGGAAGCAAUGAUGGGAGUGAGGAGCUGGAGGGGCCGGACACACCCCCAGCCAUUGAUACUGAAGAGCCAGAUUUAAAGGAGUAUUGCAAUGACCCUAAAAUAGAAAGUGAAAACUGCAUGAUUUCUUCUGUCAUUGAUGAAGUGGCUGAUGCUGAAGACCCAGAAUCAGAGGAACAUUGUGGUGACCCAGAAAGAGAUACUGAAGAGAAUGGUGAUGAAAACUACAUGAUUUCUUCAGGCAUUGAUGAAGUGACUGAUGCUGAAGAGCCAGAACCAGAGGAACAUUGUGAUGAUCCAGAAAUAGAAACUGAAGACAAUGAAAGCUACACAUCUCCAGAUAUUGAUAAAGUAACUGAUGCUGAAGAAUCAGAAUCAAAGGAGCAUUGCAGUGACCCAGAAAUAGAAAGUGAAGUGCAUGACAACGGAAGUUACUUGAUUUGCUCAGAAGAAAAUGAGAACUUCAAUGAGAACUAUUUCCAUGAAGAGGCCACAAGUUUCAAGCAGACUCCAGAGAAUCUUGAGAGAGUCCUAGAAGGUGACACAGAAUACAGAGAAGAAAAAGAAGAUAUCCAGACAGAGGGAGAACUAGAAGAACUUAAAGAAGGUUCUGGUUAUAUAUACUCUGAGGAAAAGAAAGAGGAAGAUGCCCACACAGAAAAGGAAAAACCACAAGAAUAUAAGGAAGACUCUGGGUAUAUAUGCACUGAAGAGACACAUGCAUACAAAGAGGAAAAAGACAGUCAGACAGAAGAGGAAGAAGCACAAGAAUAUAGGGAAGACUCUGGCUAUAUAUGCACUGAAGAGACAGAGACAUACAGAGAGGAAGAAGAUAGUUUGUCAGAAGAACCACAAGAACAUGAGGAAGACUCUGGUUAUAUAUAUGCUGGAGAGACAUAUAUACACACAGAGGAAGAUAAUCAUGAAGACCCAAAAGAAUCACAAGAAUAUAAAGAAGACUCUGGUUAUAUCUGCAAUGAAGAUAUACAUAUACACAGAGAGGAAGAAGAAAGUCAGACGGAAGAAGAAGAGCCAAAAGAACUUGAAGGAGACCUUAAUAAGAAAUAUACUGAACACACAUAUACAUCCCAAGAUACUCUGACAGAAGAUUCUAGAGAAGGAUGCAUUGAAGAAACACAUUUAUACAGGGAAGAUGAAGAAGUGCAAACAGACGAGGAAGAGCUGGAUGAACUUAAAAAAGACUCCAGUGAAAGAUGCCUUGAAGAAACACAUUUAUACAGGGAAGACAAAGAAGAGACUCAAACAGAAGAGGAAGAGCUGAACGAACCUGAAAAAGAUUCCAAUGAAAGAUGCCUUGAAGAAACACAUUUGUCCAAGGAAGAUGAAGAAGGGACUCAAACAAAAGAGGAGGAACUGGACAAACCUAAAAAAGACUCGAGUGAAAGAUGCCUUGAAGAGACACAUUCUUACAGAGAAGACGAAGAAGACACUCAGACAGAAGAAGAAAAAGAACUGGACAAAGAAGACUCAAGUGAGAGAUACACAGAAGCAACAACAGUAAAUAACCUUUCUCUGAUGCCUCACAGUGCAGAAUCUUCUCCCAUUUUCCUUGAUGAAAAUGGUAAUGGUGUUGGAACUGACGUGGACAUUGAUGAAGAUAACAAUAUGGUGAGUGCAGAGAAAGACACUGAUGAAGAUGAUGUGAUGGAAAGUACCGAGAUGGAAGUAGAUGAUAGCUUAGUUACUGCUGAGAAAGAGACUGCUGAUGAUGAUAUGGACAGUAACAAAAUGGAAGUUAGUAUUAGUAAAGAGGUAGAUGAAGAUGACAUAAUGAACAGUACUGAGAUCGAACAUGAAGAAAGGUUUGCCAGUGCUGAGAAAAAGGUUGGUGAAGAUUAUACAGUGAACAAUACUGAGAAAGAACUUGAAAAAUAUAUUGAUGUUGAGAAAGAGGUUGAUGAAGAUGAUACAAUGAACAAUUUUGAAAAAGAAAUUGAAGAAAGAUUUAUCAUUGCUGAGAAAGAGGCUGAAGAUGAUACAGUGAACAGUAUUGAUGAAGAACUUAAAGAAAGGUUUGUCAGUGCUGAGAAAGAGGCUGAUGGUAAUGAAACUGAGAUCAAACUUGAUUAUAGUUUUAUCAGUACUGCAAGAGACACUGAUGAAGAUGAUACUGAGACAGAACUUGAAGACAGAUUAGUUGAUGGUAAUAAAAAGACUAAUAAAAAGGAGACAGAGGUGAGAAGUACUGAAAUAGAACAUGGAAAUAAGAAUGUCAGUACUGAGGCAAAACUUGUUGGUAAUCUUGUUAAUAAUGCGGCAGAGGCUGAUUUCUUUGACAGUGGAAUUGGCCCGGAAAUAGAGCAUGAUGAAGAUAAUUUGGUUAGUAUUGGACAUGAUGAAAGUAAUAAGUUUGGCAUUGCUAUGACAGAACAUGAAGAUAAAGAGACUGUUACUGAAACUGAUAAAGAAAUCAAUAUGGCCAGUACUAAGACAGAGCCUGAAGGAAACUUAGUGAGCAGUAAGAAAGAUGAAUAUAUUAACCUAGGCAGUGCUAAGAGAGAACAUGAAGAUAAUGAGACUAAUACUGGUAAAGAUAUCAACAUGGCCAAUGCUAAGAUAGAACCUGAAGAAAACAUAAUGAACAGUAAGGAUAAGGAUAUUCAUUUAGCCAGGGCUGAGUUAGAGACUGAGGAUAAUGAGAUCAGCACUAAGAUUUGCAAAGAUAAUGACAUCACUAAGAUUGAACCUGUAGAUAUUGAGGUCAGCACUGUGACUAAUGGAGAUAUGAGUGUGGCCAGUACUAAAACAGAACCAGGAGAUAAUAUAAUCAGUACUGAGACUCAUAAAGCUAUAAAUUUAUCCAGUAUUAAGAUAGAACCAGAUCAUUUGACUAGCACUGCAGAUGAUGAAGAUAUUAACACUGCCAGUACUGAGAUAACACCUGAAGAUGAUAUAAUUAAUACUGAGAUUCAUAAAACUAUAAAUAUGCCUUCUGUUAAGGUACAAGCUGAAGACAAUUUGACCAGCACUGAGGAGGAUGAAGAUAUUAACACUGCCAGUACUGAAAUAACACCUGAGGAAUAUUUGGACAGUACAGAGGUGGAACUUGAUCAAGGGAGCAAUAUAGGCAAUGCUGAAACUGCAGACGAAAGUAAAGAUGUGGUUGAUGCGGAGAUGAAACUUAAAGGUGAAAAUAUGCCCUGUACUGUUACUGAAAUGAAAACUGGUAAAGAUAGCAACAAAAUCUUUACUGAAACAGAACUCGGUGAAGAAAACGUGAGCAGUAUCAAGACGGAAGGUAAUAAGGAUGAAGAGAUAACAAAUACAGAGGUAGUUGUUAACAAGCUCUGCACUGAAAUGGAGACUGAUAAAAAUACCAAUGAAGUCGUUACUGAAAUACAACUUGCUAAAGGUGACAAAGGUAUUAUUGAGACAGAUAUUGAUGAAGACAUUAAUGUGAUGCAUACAGAGACAGUUGUUGAUGAGGAUACCAGUGGAGUCAGCAGUGAGACAGAAUCAGACAGAGGAAGCCACAACAUCAGCACUGAAAUAGAAGUAGACAACGAUGAACUCAGCACUGAAGAAGCUAAUAAAGACAGUAGCUAUUUAGUCAGCACACAGACAGAAGUUCCUAAUAAAAAGACAAAUACAGUAAGUAUUGAAUUUGAUAAAGACACAGAUAUGAUUAACAUUGAAUUUGAUGAAGCCAGUAAGGAGGUUGGUGCAAAGACAGAACCUGAUGAAUGCACAGUUAUGAUCAACAGAGAGGUGGAGACGAAUGACAGAGGCAGUGAGGGAAACAGCCGAGUGACAGAGGUUUAUAAAGAAGCUGAUGGAAAUGAAAACAACAGAGAUAUAGUAAAUAGAAUUGGUGAGAGCCAAGAGAUAAUACUAGUAGAUAGGGAUGUAGACAACCAAGAGACAGAAAUAGUAGAUAAGAAUGGUGACAGCCAAGAGACAGAAGUAAAAGAUAGAAAUAUGGACAAGCAAGAAACAGAAGUAGACAAAACUGUAGACAACAAAAAAACAGAAGAUAAAAAUUUAGACGACCAAGAAACAAAAGUGAUAAAUCAAAAUACAGACAGCCGAGAGACAGUAGUAGGUGGGAAUCUGGACACCCAAGAAAGAGGAGUAGCACAUAAAAACGGGUUCAACCAAGAGGUAAAACUACGGGAGAGGAACAGGGAUGGCAAUAAGAUUCAGCGUCGAGUGAGCUCUGCAACUGACCUUGACAAAGUGGCACAGUUACUUAUACAUAAUGGAGACACAAAGAGCAGUGCUACAAUGAAGCCUCCCCAGAAAAACACUAAUGGAAUCCACCUAGAGGCACAGCUUGACGGAUAUGGCGCACAAGUAAACACAGAGACAAGAUUUGAUGGAGGGAGUAACAAAAAUGGACAUGCGGUGGAAAUUCUUCAUAGAAACAGCAAUGGAAUAAACAGUAAGACAGAACUGAGCAGGAGUGUAGACAGCAAUGACACGAACCUUAGCAAAGCCAUGAAAAGCAAAUAUGAAGAAGACAAGAAUGAUGACUCAGAGACAGAAAUUGAUGAAGAGAUUAAGAAUACAACUAGCAAGACUGUUCAUGGCCAAGCAAGCAGGAAACACAUUACUAAACACCAAUACCGCACCAGACACCCAAUAGACACAUACUCAGCAUCUGAACAAGAGGAGGAGCAUGACCACUUUGACAUGACACUCAGGAGAGCACGUCGCCAAAAACUCCAAGUCACCUUCCUUGUCUCAGACUCAGGGGAGGACACAUCUGUCAGCAUCUCCUCCUUAGAAUCACUCAACACACAACUCCAGGAAGCAGAGAAGAAUAACUAUUACAUCUCCCUAAGAAGUCCUUCAUUCUGGGACGACUCAACCACUGAUGCAAACACUGAUGAUGAAUAUACAGACCCUCGUUUGUUACCCAAGGAUCCAUUCUCGCCAGAAGAGGAGGAUUUUGGGUUCUCGGGAUACACAAGCCAGCACAGUGCAUAUGAUUCCAUGACAGACUCUGAGGUGGAAGGAAUCACAGGCAGAUACACUAAGGGAGCACCAGGAGGAUUACAGAUGAAACAAGAGUGGAGGAAGAGUGACAUUGACUUGAUUGCUGAAGCUGAAGUGGACAAUGAUGAUGGUCAGGUGAUUGCUGAAGCUGAAGUGGACAAUGAUGAUGGUCAGGUGACACCAACACCUACACCAUUCCAAGAUGAAGGUUCACAGUCUUAUCAAGAUAACAUAGAAAGUCCAGCUGAACGCUCUGAAGCAGAAUGUGUGCUAACUCAGUACAAGCUAGUAGGUGCUAGUCAAAACGGUGAAGACCAGACCUCACAUCAAGACACCCACCAACCCUCUAGUCAGGAAAAAGAGGACAUUUCAACAAAAGACAUAACAGAAAACUCUAGUCAUGAGGAUGCAUUGCAAGACAGAGUAGCUAAUCUUCAGGAGCCUGGAGGUGAUACCAAGACAAAACAACAGAAGCAGGAGUAUCUUGACACUUCUAUGACAGGUGAUGACUCUACAGGACUGAAGAAACCGAUAGAACUCACAGAAGGAGAGGGACAAGGAGGAGGAGGAGGAGAAACAACACUAACCACCGGACCCAUGAACGUGGCUACAUUAACGCAUACUGACAGCACUGGUGCACUAACACAGCCACAGGUCAAACCCCACACAGGGCAGUGGGUUGACGGAGGGGGCGAUGGACCAGACCACCACCCCCCUGUCCCCGGCUCAACCCUGUGGACCAGACACCUGCCUUCGUACCCAGUUUAUGGCCCGUAUUCUGUGAGCACGCCCUCACACUCCACCACCAGCCAGCCCAUGGGUAUUCCAGGGCUCAAUGGCAAGCGGCUCCUCGUCAAGAUCGUGAAGGCAAUGGGUGUGGGCUGCGAGAAGCCUGUGUUUGAGGCCUACUCGGUGGUGGAGAUGGACGAGCCGCCUCAAAAGUUCACUACAUCGGUGGUCAAAGACACCAACUCCCCCUUCUGGGAUGAACAGUUCCUCUUUGACUUGAGUGGAGGUACGUUGGAGCUUCUCUUUGAACUAUAUGACAAGUCCAGCGGCACCUUCCUGGGGCUGGGCAUUGUGGGGAUUGAGGAGCUGGUGGCCACACCCUCCCAGCGGCAGAUCAUCCCAUUGCAGUCCAGGCCGUACGAGAAUGAUGAGGUGUCUGGAUCUCUGACUGUGGAGUUCCUCUUCCUGGACCGAGCUGAUCUGCCAGAGCACACCCUGCGAGCCAGCACCACCAGCAAGAGUGUCACACCACGGGGAGACCUCAUCACCACCACCACCACCACAUACAUCAAGGCUCCCGAGGCCCAAGGUGCUGCUGGGAGGGGAAGUCCCGGGUCGUACCGAAGGAGAGAGUCCUAUCGAAAGGCCAACAACAUUCGAUCAGAUCCCCCCAUUGCAGAUGUGGUGGUCAACGGAGGCGAUGGCGUGGCAGCCGCUGCCAUCCGGGACAUUGAAGAGAAGACCGUGGUGACCAACAAUGCUAGCAGGUCCACCAUGAUCAUCCAUGCCUCAAAGAAGGAAGCAACCAAGAAAGUCAUUCAGGUCCAACGCGCACCCAGUGGAGAGUACGAGGAGGUGCUCUUGCAGCCUGACCAGGAUGGGCAAGGCUACAUGGCUGAUGACCUGUACAACCUCACCAUGACGGCCACCACCACCGGCACUCCCACCAUCACCACCACUGGCGCCAGCACUGCAAUGCCCAGCACCACCACCACCACCACUACAGUUGCCACCUCCUCUGUGCCGCCCUCCACUGCAGCAAGCACUACAGAGCCUGCAGAAGAUGAAGAGCGAGGAAGGAGCAGAGGCGUCCGACGUAAGAGAGAUUCCUUCUUUGGAACCCUAAAGAAGAGGUUCAGCCGGUCCAAAGUGCGCUCCAAAAGUAUGGAUCCCGGCAUGAGAGAUUCAUCACUGGAGCGGGACCCCUCGGUGGGGCGCUCCAUCUCCAUGGAACGGUCCUCCACUCUCAACAGAGCCUCGGUCCCAGACGAGGCCCAACCUGGCACACCCUCCACCCAGGACAGUGCUGAGCCAACCCCCGCCCACUACCUCUACCUCUUACAUGCCCAACGGCUGCUGUCAGUGCCAUCCGGGGCCGGGGGUGACGCGGGUUCCACUCGGUCAUCCCUCAGCGAUGCCUCAGCCAUCAGCGGGUCCUCCACACGUACUUACGUCAAUGAGGCAUCAACGCUCAUCAUUGAAACCAGCGAGAACGGUGUAUUCAAGCACUACCUCAUCCCUUUAUCACUGCAGCAGAAGAGCAAAUGGAGGAAGAAAGGCUUGAAGCUUCACAUAUUUGGGGAACACACCUUCAUAGCCAAGCAUAUGUCCAGCUCAACACAGUGUGAGGUGUGCCAGAAGACCUUAGGGCGGAGAUUUGGCAAGCAGGGUUACAUAUGCCGGGAUUGUGGCUACAAGUGUCACAAGCCGUGCCACGUCAAGACAGAGAUCACCUGCCCUAACUCCACUGUCAACAACAUGGAUCUCGUGACUGUUGGAGACGAGGGCAGGGAGGCCUUUGCCGGGAAGCGUCUUAGGUGUUCCCAGACCCUUGCAGGCUCCCCUUACAAAUCCCUUCCUACUAUUAUUGAAAACUCAGUCACUGAUGCUCCUAAAUGUGACCCUUCCCUUAACCCUAAAAAUGGAGCCCCUUCUCUGGACCCCAAACCAGAGGAAGGUGGCAGCAACAGCAAUAAUAACCAGACCAGUUAUAUGGCCAAGGUGCAACGUUCAGUUUCCUUUGGUCAGGAGAGAGUCAGGCCCAUAAUCACUAUUCACUGUGAAAGGCUGGACUCUGCUCUCCCCCCUCCGUCACCGUCACGCCCCCCUGCCUCCCCUGCUGUGAUGGAUAUCCUCCUGCCUGUUCUUAAAGUGGAAAGUUGUGAGAGUGAUGCAAUGCAGCAGAGAUGAGGCCAAAAAACUUUUAUAUUAAACUAGAAAAGUUUUGUUAGCUGUGAAGUUAACCAAUAUACUUUUUCUUGUCUUUUUUUUCCUUGUUGCAGUAUUUUGUUACCUAUGAACUAUUGCUCUUCAUUUCUAUUAGUUCAGAUUUUUCUUGGCCAUGAAUAGCAACAUAAAUUCCUCCAUCUCCUUUCUUUCUUAACCCUUAGACUGAGAAUGUCUUAAGAAUAUGGUCAACUUUACUGCUUCCCAUCUCUUCCUCUUACUCUCACACCUGCCACUCUUUUCUCCCCUUUCACCUCCAUGUCUGCCCUUCCUUCAUUUCCUCUUCCCACUUUCAUGGCUGGGCAAGUGUAAAGUAGCUAAAAACAUUAAUCUUGUUGUUGUUCAGCUUCAUAAAUGUUUCACAGGCCACAAGGUCUACAUAUGUGUAGCUUAAAUUACUGUUUUGUAUUAUUUAUAUAUGUUUUACAGCACUUUUCUAUUCAGACAUAAUAUUUGAGUGAAUCUUAAAGUAAUUACAUGAGCUAUGAUAGAACUGUAGUAGAGAGUAAGCUGUGCAGGAUGUGUGGAGAAUGAGAAAAAGUAAAGAAAUUGAUAUUAUAGAAGGUGACAUGAAUCAGUAAAGGAUAAUCUAGUAAGUCACUUAUCAAUAGUACAAGAAAAUAGCAUGUGUUAUGAUGCAAGUUUGCUGUGUGAUAAUAGAAUAGUAACACAUUUCACUAUGUAGGUUUGUGUAAAAUUAUACUGCUGAAAACUGUAUGUUACCUUGAGUUUGAUAUGUUUUGACUCAGGCAUAGAACAUGGGAAUGCUGUGAGUGACGGGUUAAGUGUUCUUGUGAGAGAGUUUAAAGGCUUCUGUGAUUAAGGCUUAAGAUCUGUAAUGCUGAUGGAUUACUAGGGAUAAACAAGGCUAUACAUGACAAUACUGCACCUGUGUCAGUGUAAUUAUACAUUCAGAAAAAUCAAGGCAGUUUACUUACUA